UGUUUGUUCACGUUCCGCUCACGCUCUAGGUAAGACGAUCGAUUAGUCAGGUCUGAGCAGGUGUUUUCCGACUCGACAGUUUGUUGUGAUGUAAACAGAAACUCUCAUUUCCUGGAACGCAACAAAUGACAUUUCGUCCGAACUAUGAAUGUCUUCAGGUGCUCUCUGGAAGUUAAUUAAAGUUGAACGCUAAACUCUGGAAAUAUAAACUAAUAUUGAAAGUUGACUAGAAAUGCUUAUAUUUGUCCUCCUGCUGUGUCAUUUCACUUUAUGUGGACACUGUGCGUGUAUGAGAAAAACCCUUCAGAUACCAGCAGAUCAAGACAGUAACGUGUUUGUUGUGGACCAGGAGGCCAAUACAUUUUUAGGACGCCACCUGUUGUUCAACCGCUUCGACUUUGAGAUCUUCACCCCGGGUAAUCUAGAACGGGAGUGUCAUGAGGAGAUAUGCAAUUACGAGGAGGCUCGGGAAGUCUUCGAGAAUAUCCCUGAUACAAAUGCCUUUUGGAGGACAUAUACAGCAGAUAAGGAUGAAUCCCAAUCAAAAGUUGAUGUAACAGCGCUGCUGGUGGGCAUUAUCUCUGCUGGAGUCUUUAUUAUUAUAAUUGGCCUUGUUAUCUGGUACUGCUGCCAGGGGAGGAACAAAGACCAUGGCUUCAGAGGCUCCAUCAGACGCAGAUCCACCCGAAGCAAUGCCUCAGUGAUAAUCCGGAGACUGGAGGAGGUCUCGCUGCAUCCUAUUCCUCACACAGGCUCAGGUGCCAGCCCGGACGCUCAUGGUUUGCCUUCUUAUGAACAGGCCAUCGCCAUCAACGGACCACAUGAUGCCCCACCUCCGCCAUAUCCUGGUUCCAGGCCAGGCAGCACCCGACGAUAACCAUAUCAUCAUUUGCCAAACUGAAUCAGGAUGGACUAAACCACUUUUUCUGAAUUAUGAACUGAAAAUGUGUUAAACCAAAGGCAUUUGGAUUUAACCCCCUGGAUUUAACCACUAAUAUAAAUAUUGGCAACAUUCAGUACUGCAUUGUAGCUUUUAAUCUUAUUAGACAAUGAAUCAAAAUCACUUACCAUUUCUGGAAAGUGUACAUAGUCAACUACCUGAAAAGAUCAGUUUUAAAACUCUAAUCAGCAUUUUUAUAUUUUUAAAAAAUGAUUUUAAUAGUGUUUAUUUAAAACUAUAACCAUUGAAAAACAGUUUUAUAUUAGUAAUUGUUGCAAUAAAAAGACAGAUCAUAACGUUUUGUCUAAUAUGGUGGGCUUUUAUGAAGGACAAAUCAUUUUAUCCUUUUUUUUAAUAUGCUAUAGUUCAUAGCAAUCUAGUAGAGUGUGACUCAGAAUUUGUGUAUUUACUGGAUCAGUAUUUGGUGUACAUUUGUGAGAAAUAAUUCUGUGAUCAGCACACCAAAAACAAUAUUACCUCCUCUAACGUCAUGGCACUUAUGUCAGGCUGUGUUUUUUGCAUUAAACCUUGGUGCAUAUAGUAGAUAAAGUAAUUCUGUUGCUUUUGUCUUAAGGAAUUUCAUUUAAUUCUGCUGGCAGAUGUAGUGCAUGAACAUGCAGCUUUAAAGGGCACUUUGCCAAGUGGAUGAUACUGUGCAGUUAUAGUAGAGGUUUCUGGUUGGGCUCUAGUAUUAUCAUCAUAGGGAUGUUAAUAGACUUUAUAAUAAACUUCCUUCUUCGUUGACUGUU